AAGGCGCUCAUGAAGUCCUGGACAAAAGGCUUCACCAAGAAGGCCGCGGUGCCUGGCGGGGGCGGCGAGGCGCAGGGUGUGGCCGGGGCGUCGCCGCUGCCCUUCCUCAAGAAGACCAAGUCCGGGCAGGCCACGCCUGAGGCGGGCUCCGUCUCCUCCGUGCCCUUCGCCAAGAAAAAGAAGGCGCUGCUGGACAGGGAGAAGGACAAGGACAGGGAGGGCUCCGUGAGGUCAGGCGGCAGUCACCUGUCAGACCAUCUCGGCAAGCUGAAGGUCAACCUGCACCUGCGCCGCAGCCACGCCGCCGCCGAGCCCGUCAUGACAAGCUUCGUGCAGGACAGCAGCGAGUUCCUGUCCCCCAAGUCUCCCACGGGGGAGGGCGACACCAUCUCCCUGGCCAGCUACACCAGCAUCGAGUCCUCCGCCUCCGCCGCCGCCAGGCACCGCCCCACCAAGCACUGGAAGAAGAAGAAACACCACCAGGAUGCCCUCGCCCUGGGUCCCUCGGACCUGCGUCUGCGCCCCGCCAAGGCCGGCAAGGCCCCAGGCCCCGUGCGGGCGUUCAAGAACAUGUUGGGUAAGAACUCCCGCAGCACGAUGGACCUGAGCGUGCUGGAGCGUGCCAGUGUGACGGGCAUGUCUCGCAGCUAUGACGACAUCCUCAAAGAGAACAACUUCCCCACGCAGCAGGAGUUCGCGGCGGACGCGCGCAUGCUGACGCUGAGCCGCGACUGUGUGGAGCCAGGAGACUUCGACGACGACGCGGAGUACUACCGCGAGUUCCACCGCUACUACGACGCCGAGGCGCAGGCUGGGGGCAGUGCCGCCACCGGGAACGCCGCGCCCCAAGCUGUGGGGAAAGGAGAAGCAGGCGAGAGGAGCGUCUCGCCCUCUCCUCCCGCCGUGGAGUCCUCCGUGAGGAGCAUGGUUUCCAAGUACGAGAGGCUGAGCCCCGCCGAGCAGCCCGCCAGGCGCCGCGCCGCCACCGCCGCCUCCUUCCCCACGCCCGCUGCCGCCACGCACCACCACGCCAGGGCCACCACGUCAGUGCCGCCACCAGGCACACACACCGCCAACGCCACUACCACCACCACCACGGUGACGGUGCACCAGGAGGAGGGCACGUGUGGGGCCGUGGCGGCCCCCGGGACGAUAGACAGCGGCAGGGAGGCGGUGAAAGGGAAGCAGCCUAAACCAACACCCAGAAAUUUGCAACUGGCCGGCCAGGGAGGCAAGGAGGUGCGGGCGGUGCAGACAGCCACCGCCAGGACGGGGCUGUUGCCCACCACGCCCCUGCGCCCCGCCGUCAGGAGCGUCGAGAGGAGCACGACAACAAACGAGUACGAGAACCUCAUCGUGCCUCCCAGAACGGCGAGGAGCGAGGGGCACGGCAUCACCCACACCCGGGACAGCCGCCAAGCCAGCGCCUCGCCUCCUUCGUCGCCGCCGCCGCCACCGCCCAGGGACGCCCCCAACCUGGAGAAGCACAGAGGCAACCUGGAUUGUGACAGAAGCAACCCAACAGAAAACGGCAGAGGUGAUGUCUCUGCAACUCACGCCAAGACACACCAGAGGACACCACCACGAGGCCACACCACCACUGCCACCACCACCACCACUUCGGUGAAGAAAACGGAAGGGCCAGCGGGGGGCCUCAGCAUUCCCGCCGUGGUGAUCACCAAGGAGGAGAGGACGAGGGUCAGCACAACACCCGAGGCCGCGGAGAGAGUGAGGGCGACGCAGAUGCAGACGGAGGCGAGGCAGGAUCCACCCUCGCACCUCCCCGUGCAGCAGACCUUGAGUGGAAGCUCCAACGAGGACUCUGGCUUCCUGUCGUCCCUGCACCGCCUCGUCAGGAAGACCACGAGCUCCAGCUCCACGGAGGAUCCGCAGCCCAGCCUGAAGGAGCGGCUGGCCAAGCGCCUCUCCAGCGUGAGCUCCGAGGAUCGCGAGGCCGGCGACUCCUCCCGCAAGAGGAAGGUGCCACCGGAGAGACCGCCGCCGCCCAAACUGGUGUGCGACAAGUUCAACACCUACGGCCACUACCUCUCCGCCGACGACCCACCCCUCGUGCCGCCCUCCCCGCCGCCGCCCAAGCCGCCCAGACUCUUCCAGAUUCUGUCCGGCUACCGCAGACCUGGCGGGGGCGUGGAGAGACUGGCGGGGGGCAGCGAGCACCUCCUGCCGCACCACCACCACCACAACUACCGCCGCUACUCCCUGGUGGACAGCGACCUCGAGAUUAUCUGCUCCGACAGCCACCACCGCCACCACCAGGAGGAACCAGGGGGAGACUCUGACCCCUCCCCGCCGCCCCCCGACGCCCACUACACCUACACCAAGUUUCCUCUGGCGGGGCAGAGCGACGAUGACUCCCUGGAGUACCCGAUGUCUGCUGACGAGGAUGAAGAGGACGUGGUGUCCCUGAGUGGCGUGGUGGUGGAGCAGCUGUCCCCGCCCUGCCCCCGCCGCGCCCCCUCCAUCUCCCCUCCUCCACCCCCUGCACCGACUACUCCUCCUCCACCUCCCCCACAGUCCAGCAGCGAAGAAGAGGAGGAGGAGGAGAAUAAGAAGAGGAGUAAGAGGAAAAAGAAGCAUGGUGAGGAGAAAAUUGACUCCCUCACGACUGAUUUUCCUCUCUCAGUCUCGCACGACCUCGCCACGAUCCCCGCCAGCGAGUGCGACGCGUGCGGCACCUGCAGCGGUCACUCCUCGUGGUCGUUCGGCACGGAUGAGCAGUACGAGAAGGCGACGAGGGAGGAGCACGACCCCUGCCCCCUGCACGACGCAGGCAAGUCGGCGGAGGCAGUGGAAGUACGACCCGAAAGUCCACCAAAGAGAACCGACCUGAUGAUGUCCACUAAGUCUACGUCAUCCACCACCACCACCUGCCCCGUCCACUCUCAACACACUGGCGAGGAAACAAAGAAGACAGUGGAAGAGAAGGUGGAGGUGGUGGACACUCUACCUAGAAGUCCACCUAGAAGAGCAAACCUAACCACAUCCACCACCACCACCACCACCAGAGCCACACAAAGGGAGUCUCCGAAGCCAAGAGAGAGAAGGCAGGCGGUCCUCACACGCCAGCUGGCCACCAGGGAAGUGCCGCCCAUUCAAACAGAACAAGACCACGAGGACACCAAGGGACUGAAAACCAGGCGUGACGUGGACUCAGCAGGCCCUAUGGUGACUAAACGCACACACUACACAUACGAGAAGAAUGUGAAAGCCACGCCGCGGAGAGGAGAGGGCCGCCUGAGUGGUCUGGCGGCGAAACAAAACUACAAGUCUCUCAGUCGAUCUCUAGAGGACAGCCUCGCGUCGGAGUCUCUGAAGGGCGAGGACAUCAUGACACCCACACGCCUUAGUAAGUAUAAGUGGAAGAGCAUGGACUUGAAGAGCGAGGAAGGCGCUGAGGGAACGCAGAGGAAGCCAAAGGGACAGGUAGUGGAGGAUGACUUCGUGGAGAAAAUACUAAAGCGAGCGGCGGAGAUGAAGGCGUCCACAUCGGAGGCCAUGCAGAGGAGCCUGGAAGAGGAGGAGAAGGACCAGCCAUCCACCAGCACCUCCACCCGCAUCACCACAACCAAGACCUCUUACUCCUCCUCAAGAGACACCCUCAGGCCAGACCCAGUGCCCCGAGUGAGCGCCCCCCGUGUCCCCUCCCCCGUGCCCUUACCCCGUGCUGACCCUAAACCUCUCCCAACCCCAAGAGUGACCAAGCCAGUGUCCGCGCCGGCUUCCCGCCCCUCCUCGGCCCUCUCCUCAGCCUCCGACCGCUCCCUCGUCAACGUGUUUUUCGAGAAGCUCCUGGAGAGUCAGCACGGAGCCCGCACCUCCACGCCGCGCCUCGCCAAGACCCUCUCCCGCUCAGAGACGCACCUCGCCAGGGACAGGGAUCCCGGGAGCCACGACGCGGACCCCAGCGGCGUAGAGGACGUGAGGACCUGGAAAAUGAGGACCUCCCUAGACUCCUCCACGCUCAGUGACUCACCGUCAGCCUGUGAGUCAUACAAGAGCGAGUCAUACAUAUCAUACGCCCGCCAGAUGACCUCGCCCACGACCAGGCGACACGAGAACGACCUCCGCCGCUCCGUCAGUUGCGAUAGGAUACCACCCACACUCGCGUCCUUCCCUGACCCACGCCCACGCCAGCGCCUCCACCCCGCUCUCUCCCGCUCUGAUGCCCUUGUUUUCUCCAGCGAUGAGGACAUGCAGGGGGUGGAGGUCGGGGGGGCGCAGGGGGCGGGGGGCGUGUGGGUGCGUAGGGUGUCUGACUCCAUCCUGUUGCGCCCUGAGGGAUGUGGGGGCGCCCCUCGAGGCCACAGGGACACAGGAUACACGGGGGACACGGAGGAUGAGGAGACGCGGCCGCAGCUGUCGGAAAGGGAGCGCUGUCUGGUGCGGCGGAAUUCCUCUCUAAACACGCAGCUGUCCCGCCUUCAGAUACACCUUAAGAGUCUUUCCUCAGAGAACGACAACCUGAAGAACAAGAUGGAGAUCGAGCUGGAGGCGCCGCUACACGUGAGGGAGAGAAGCAGGAAGAAGGAGAGAGAGGUGCAGCUCCUGAAGAAGAAGAACUCCGAGUUGGCAACCAUUACUCGAAAACUGGAGGAGAAAGUGAAGAGUCUGGAGAAGAAAACGAAGGAGUCACCAGCCACGGAGCGUCGCAACCUGCUGGCGGCGCGGCAAAGGGAGAAGGAUGCGCUGUACGAGAGACAACUGCAGGAGCGGGACAAGGAGAUCCAAAGACUCAAACACCGCAUGAAGGAGCUUGUGAGGAAACUGACGGGCAAGAAUGGCGAGAUCACAAGGGCACAGAGCACGCUGGAGCUGGAACAGAUCAUAAGGACCGUCACGAAGGAGCGCCUGCAGCUGGAGAGACAUCUAGCGGCCGCCAGCGAGGGUCUGUCUCGCGGGGCUGCUGGUGAGGGCGACGCCGAGCGGUUGGCGUCGUUGGAGGAGACCAACAGCACCCUGAGGCAGCAGCUGGAGGACCUGGAAAUACUGACGCGCCAGCACAGCACCCUACAGAGGCACGUGCAGGAGAAGGACCUCGAGUGUGUCACCCUCAAGGAGAAACUUAAGCUCAAGAACGAAUUGUGCCAAGAUCUGGACCCUCGUCGACACCCACCCUACAAGGAAUCCCAGCUUGCUCGUGUGAUAGAGAAGAACACAGAGCUAACGAUACAGAAUUCAGACCUACAGAAGCAAAUACAGGAGCUACAGCAUGUGAGCGAGGAGUGCCGGACGCUGAAGCAGAAUCUGUCACAGGUGGAGGGAGACUGGUCAGCCGCCAAAAUUCAAGUCGGGAGCCUCUCGGGGAAAGUCGGCAACCUGGAGUCUGUUCUGCGGUUUGAAGAUGUGUACGGACUGGGAGACCUUCCUCGAGCACGGGGAGGCAGCUCUCUCGAAACUGUUCUGAUUCAAAUGAAAGAUGCUGCAGACAAGCGGCGAGAAUUGGAACACCAGCAUGCCGAGGCACUGGUACAGCUUCGGGAGCAGCAGGCCGCCCUGUCUGACAAGAGCAAGAAGGCGUCCGUCGAGGUGGUGGAGGCCCUGCAGUCCAAGAUCCGCGAACUGGAGAAGAAGGCGGAAGUUCAAAACCUGCGUCAUGAGGAGCUCCUGCUGGAGAUGCAGAGUCUGAAGAAGGCCCAGGGCUCCCCCAAGAACUCCUGGUCCCGCUCAGGCUCCCUCAGUGCCGACCUGCAGAGCCCUGACUCCGGGGACGUGACGCCUGAUUCGAGUCAAAUUUUGUCGAACGGUAGCACGGCGGGGUCCACGCCCGUGCCGCACGUGGGGCUGGGCCUCAGCCUGCCUCACAGCCUGGACAUGCUGGGCUUCGGCGACCUGACCCACCCUCCCCUCUCCACGUCACCUCUAGCUGGCCAAUCAGGUCAGAGCUGGCGCAGGGAGCGCGCCCAUUGGUCGUCCUCCCGCCCGUCCCUCUCCCCCUCGAGGAGGCUGUACAAGAGUCUCAACUCCCUCACCUCCAUCUCGUCGGGCGUCUUCACCAACACCACGGGCUCGAGCUUCAUCACCGGGUCGGGCUCCACGGGCUUCACGGGCGCGGGCGGCACCGAAAAUGCCUCCUCGGAGAUCGACCGCAUCAUGGCCAAGAUUGAGCAGGACAACAAGAUCCUGGCCGAGCUGGACAAGUCCCGCUCCACGCUAGGUCCCCACCUUGGCAAACACGUGCAGUUCCUGGACGGCCGGGCCAACGGCGCGCACGGGGGCGGUUCUCAUGCUGGUGGCGGGGCGGGACGCGGCUUGGGCCACCACGGGGAGGGCCACGCCCCUGCUUCUGGCCACUCCAGGCACCAGCAGUCCAGCCAGGGCCAUAAGCAGGGGUCGUUGGCCCGCCCUCAUGGUGGCCCGGGCCCGCAGUACCAGCAGCACCACCACCAGCACCACCAACGCUCGGGCGCGCCCCUGAUGACGCACCAGCAGCGGGUCCUCCCCAAGCAGCCGCCGCAACCCCGUCAGCGCGGCGUCGGGGGUGCCUCCUCCUCCUCCGCCUCCUCCUCCGCCAUGUCCCGUAUCAAAAAUUUUCUGACGGUUCCGAAGCCACACUUUGGCCGGCCUGUGUUGAACAGGCUGUCCUCCUCCACCUCCUCCUCCUCCGGCGUGGCCUCCCUGAAGACUAGCGACGCCUUUACCUCUUUCGGCCUCUCCGGCUUGACCCCAUCCUCGCUGCUCGCUGGCGGGGGACUUGCCGGGGCCACCACCACCACCGUCACUGCCCUCGACCUCUCCAACCCCAUCGUGAACCCCCUCGGCCACAACCCCGCGCUGGCCAACAACCCCCUGAGCUUCGUGGAUCAGUCCCUGGCGCACUUGGAUCCAGCAGGACUCAGCUUCCCGCCCCACGGCACCUCAGGACUUGGCCUCACCUCCCUGGCGUCACUAGGUCCCUCGUUCCUCGGAGGCCCCUCAUCGACUACCGCUGGGCUGAACCUCGCCGGCUCCAACCCCUUAGGCUCCGUCACGCUGCCCACGUCCCUCGGCCUGGUGGGGAGCGGCGCGGGGCUACUCGGCGGCGGCGGAGGGAUCCCCAAUCCAGUCUUCCCGAACGUCAACCCUCUGCCCACCAUCAUCACCACCAGUUAUGAUAAAGACGACAAAAACCUCGUGAAUGGCAACCUCCCUGGCGUGAUGUUGCCGCCCUACGAGACAGACAACAGGGUGCUGGACGUCCUGGAGAUACCUGGAAAGGGGAGGUGCCAUGUCUACAUCGCCAGGUACUCGUAUGAUCCGUUCCAACACUCCCCCAACGAGAACCCUGAGGCGGAGCUGGCAGUGAAUGCUGGCGACUACGUGCUGGUGUGGGGCGCCAUGGAUGAGGAUGGGUUCUUCGACGGGGAGCUGCUGGAUGGCCGCCGUGGUCUCGUCCCUUCUAACUUCGUGGAGAAACUCGUAGGGGAGGACUUGGUGGAGUUUCAUCAGUCUGUCGUAAUGGGACUCCGGGAUGAUGACGAGCCAGUAUCGACUUCCGUACCAUCGGAUCUGAACUUCAUCUCUCAGGACGAGCCACAUCUGAUAGAUGCCAAGGCUCCGGUAAAGUUUGUGAAAAACAUCUUCAAGGGUGUUCAGGGCCUUUUUGGCGAAAAGGGGGACGUGACCCCCUCAGCCCUCACCCCAGGGGUCCACCACGGGUCCACGCCGGGGCACCAACAAACUCAUCUGACCAAGGGCUCCCUAGUGCCCCACUCUGGCCCGGGGCAGGGGCUGCUCCACCCCCUGGGCACCCUCAACCCCCUGGCCUCCCUCAACCCCUUGGGCAGUCUCUCGGGACUCAAGAGCCCCGCCCUCCACGACGCCCACAUGAACAUGGUGACCAAUCAGAGUCGCCACAACGCCUACCUGAGCCACCUGGACCUGGAGGACAUCAUAGAAGAGGAUGAGGAGACACUAGGAGAGCAUGUCCCCCCUCCGGUCCAGCUCACCCUCGAACGACAGCUUAACAAGAGCAUCCUCAUCGGCUGGAACCCCCCGCCCGAUGCCGCCCCCGCCUCCAUCGAGUCUUACCACGUCUAUGUCAACGGCCUCCUCAAGACUACGGUCCGCGCCACCGAGAGGACCCGCGCGCUGGUAGAAGGUGUGGACUCUACCAAGCUGCACCGAAUCAGCGUACGCUCAGUCACGCCUAACCGAAGGACCUCCCGUGACGCUGCAUGCACUAUGGUGAUUGGGAAGGAGGCGCCGCUGGGACCCACGAGCGUCAAGGCCACCUCCAUCACCUCCACCUCGGCCGUCAUCUCCUGGCUGCCCUCCAACUCAAAUUUCCAACACACCGUCUGCGUAAACAAUGUGGAGGUGCGCACCGUGAAGCCAGGUGUUUACCGCCACACGAUCACAGGCCUGUCCCCGAACACAACCUACAGAGUCACGAUCCGCGCCAAGAACCUCCGCGCCCCGCAGUUUGACGCCAAGGGCCCCAGGAGUCAGGAGCGGCUUUCCACCACCAUUGAGUUCCGCACGCUGCCCAAGGAAGCUGUAUCCGCGGCGGGAACUCAGUAUAAUCGACUGAGCACGAGGGUGGAUGGGUCAGUAGCUAGCAGGGUGUGGGAGGAGGAGGACACAAGUCUGUUGUCCGCGAUGCCCUAUGAUGACUCACGCUCUCUGUGUUCCAUGCCACGCCAAGGUUGGAGAGGACUCCCCGACCCCCCAGUGGACGUGCAAGUCGAACCGGGACCCCAGGACGGCUCCCUGCUGGUGACCUGGCUGCCCGUGACCAUCAACAGUACUGGGGGCACCUCUAACGGGGCACCAGUCACAGGUUAUGCCGUUUAUGCUGAUGGCAAGAAGGUGACGGAGGUAGAGAGUCCGACUGGUGACCACGCGCUCAUUGACCUGACGAAGAUCCCAGGGUUCGAGCCCAAACAGGUCACGGUUCGAACCAAGAGUCGGGAUAGUGUUUCGGGAGAUUCGGUGCCCAGCCAGAUUCCUUCCCACUUCUCCAGAGGGCGUGGCCGCGGCAAGGACCCCGAGGACGACAUGCUCACCUCCGACCUAGACAGGCCCUCUGAGCUCUCCGACAUUGCCGAGGAGAGCGAGACCGACCUGACAGAUGAGGACCUGCACCAGGACGGCCACAAGCCGGGCCAGCACGGCAUGACGGGGCCGCACCAUGGCCCGGGGCAGGCCCGCGGGGCACAGCAGACCCAGGGCAGCCUGCGAGACCGCCUCAUGAACCGCGUACGGGGUGAUCACACUGACCAGGCCAUGUUGGACCACGAGGACGGCCUGGCGGACAAGGACCUGUACCACGGGCCGGGCCAGGGCCAGCAGGGCCCGCACGGCUCCAUCCCCGCCAUAGGCACCCCCAGGAGUGGCUUGGCCAGACUCUCAAACUCUUUAUUCAAUACCAUAGGGCAGUUAAAAGGCAAAGGUCCAUCCAGAACGAGACAAAUAACCAAGGAUGAGCCGCACGGGCCAGUCGACGCCUUCAAGGACGACGAGUACGACACUGGACCGGGCAGCAGAGGGCGCCCUGACCCCCGCGCGCACCCCCCGAGGUCACACAUAGAGCGCGGCCGCCCCCCACCGCCCCCACAGCAGCACCGGCCCCCUCCCAGAGAUCCCCGCGACCCUAGGGACAUGAGGGACCCCCGAGACAUGCACUACGGACCAAGAGACCCUCGGGACAUGCCGCGGGACAGACGGGACCCACACAUGCGAGACCCCCAUGGGCCCAGAGACCCGAGGGACCCCAGAGAUCGCUAUGACCACAGGGGAGGAGAGUACGGGCGUGACUAUGGGCGUGAAGGCGGGCGAGGACGAGGAGGACCAGGAGAGCAAACCAGGUUAUUCGUGGCGCUGUUCAACUAUGAUCCGCCGACGAUGAGCCCAAACCCAGAUGCCUGUGACGAGGAGCUGGGCUUCAGUGAGGGCCAGCUCAUCAAGGUGUUUGGAGACAAGGACCCCGAUGGCUUCUACUGGGGCGAGGCUGGCGGGCUGCAAGGAUACGUCCCCUGCAAUAUGGUGUCUGAAGUGCAGGUGGAUGACGAAAGAGUAGCAGUCGAGCUUAUGAAGGAAUCUGAGAGUGGCAGGCGACGAAGGGACGGCUCCGUUGGGCGUCGAGGGGACCGCUGGGGGGACAUCUACGCCAACAUGACCGUCAGGAAAAUGGUUGCUCUCUACGACUACGAUCCCCAGGAACUUUCACCCAACGUGGACUCCGAGGUGGAGCUGUCCUUUAAAACUGGGGAUAUCAUCAACGUGUUUGGGGACAUGGACGAUGAUGGCUUCUUUAUGGGCGAGCUCCGGGGACAGCGGGGCCUCGUGCCAUCUAACUUCUUGCAGGACGCACCCCAGGACUACCCAGAUGACCACAGGUCCCGCCGCGACACCCUGGAUCCCCGGGACAGAGGUGGGCCCAUGGGUCCUCCUGGGCGGGGACCUGGACCGGGGGCACACGGACCGCCCCUCCACCUCGGCCUGACCAAAGAGAUCGCAGAAAAGGUAACACUCUACGUGAACAAGGUGGGGCCAUACUUCAACCCCCAUGAGACCUACCACUACUACCAGCUGCCUGUGUGCCGGCCCUCCAUUAUUGAGCACAAGUCCCUGUCGCUGGGGGAGGUGCUGGAUGGCGACCGUAUGGCAAAAUCCAACUAUGUCAUCAAGUUUAAAGACAACAUUGAGGACCGCAAGCUGUGUGACCUGCAGCUGUCGGAGGAGGAGGUGCAGUACUUGAGGGAGGCUAUCGAGGAGAACUACUACUAUGAGUUUGUGGUGGACGACAUCCCCGUCAGGGACUUUGUGGGCCACCUGGAGGAGUCUGGCUUUGUGCCACAUACGCACAAGCUCUUCUUGUGGACACACCAACACUUCAACAUCCUCUACAAUGAUGAUAAGAUCAUCUACAUCAACACCACCAAGGAGCACGGCCCCAUCAGCCUGGAUGACGUGGAGCCUCCCAUCACCGUUAAGAUCACCUACUCCGUCACCUGGAUCCCCACUAAGAUCAGUUAUGCCUACCGCGGCAGAGUGAUUCAGGACAGCAACUUCUUCCCUCGGAGUCUGGAGAUCCACUGGCUGUCCAUCAUCAACUCCAUGGUGCUGGUCUUCCUCCUCAUGGGAUUCGUCGUCAUCAUCCUGACCCGGGUGCUGAGGAAUGAUUUUGCCCGCUACAACAUCAGCGAGGAGGGGCGGGAGGACGUGGACAGCGACGAGUAUGGCUGGAAGAUCAUUCAUACAGAUGUGUUCCGCUUCCCCAAACAGAAGUCACUCUUUGCCGCAAUCCUCGGCGUGGGGUGUCAGUUCCUGGCAGUGGCAGUGGGCAUCAUCGGCAUGGCACUGAUGGGGAUGUUCAACGUUCACCGGCACGGCUCCAUGAACAGCGCGGCCAUCUUCCUUUACGCCCUGGCCUCCACCAUUGCUGGCUACGUUUCCUCAUCAUACUACCGGAUGAUGGGCGGCACAAAGUGGAUCGCUAACGUCAAUCUCACCACUAUUCUCUUUGCUGGUCCGUUCUUCCUGAUCUGGAGUGUGCAGAACUCAGUAGCAUGGGCGUACAAGUCCACCCAGGCACUGCCCUUCACUACCAUCGUGCUACUCUUCGCUGUCUGGAUGUGCAUCGGCUACCCCCUCACUGUGUUUGGCGGCAUCCUGGGCAAGAACUCUCGGUCAGAAUUCAACUUUCCCUGCCGCACCAAGAACAUCGCGAGAGAGAUCCCCACCGUGCCCUGGUACCGCUCCCACUGGGCUCACUCUGCUGUGGGGGGCUUCCUUCCAUUCAGUGCUAUCAGCGUAGAGAUGUACUACAUAUUCUCCACACUCUGGGGGCGUGAGCAGUAUACCCUCUAUGGCAUUCUGGGAGUGGUGUUUGUCAUCCUGCUGAGUGUCACUGCCUGUGUCUCCGUUGCACUCACUUACUUCCAGCUGUCAGCGGAAGACUACAGGUGGUGGUGGAGGUCCGUCUUCAGUGCUGGGUCAACGGGAGGCUUCGUGCUCAUGUACUGCAUCUUCUACUACCUCAAGCGGUCCAACAUGUCAGGAGGAUUACAGACCAUUGAGUUCGUCGGGUGGGCACUACUCACCUGCUACGUGUUCUUCCUCACCCUGGGCACUGUCUCCUUCCUGGCCUCCCUCUGCUUUGUCAAGUACAUUUACCGCAACAUUAAGAUGGACUAGUCGGGCCAGGAAGGUGUGCACCACGCUUGACGCCUCUCGCAGGAAGGGCUUGUGGGACGCCACAUCACAUUCCUGUCCAGUAACACAUGUAUAUCUAAGUCUCUCGUGCUCUCGGUGGGGCAACUGUGCAUCGUGAGUGGGUUUCCUGACUCCCUAGCUAGCUCUUCUAGUACCUGGCUAUACUUAAGCUAUCGUGCCAGCAACACCAUCGCUGCAGGAGUGUGUCUGGGGGGGGGUGAUGUGUGGUUGUGAGGGCCAGGCAGGGUGUUGAGGUGAUAUGAGUCAAAGCUACACUGGUCUAGCCUCCACCACUUGUCAGGUUGGAGGUGCAGAGGUGAGGAGGUCAAGGUUGGUCCCUGCAUUACAUCCAGAGGGACCAAUGAGUGCCUUAGUGGUGCAGGAAAGGUGCCCUGUUGUGCCCCUGGGUGCUGGGUGCUCUACUGUUGACCAAGGAAGGUAUUGUGUCUCCUGGGGGAUGUGUAUGAAUGUAUAGUGUAUGUAUCAAUUGGUGCAUUUGUGGUUUAUUUAUAUAUUAGCGAAGUGUUAGAUAGGCAAGUGAAGUAAGGUUACUGAAAGGUAGUGUGUAGCCUUUCUGUGUACGCUACUUAUUUCAGCUUGACCUGAGUGUCCUGUGUGGGGUUGACAUCCACAGCAAUGUGUGUUUUUUUGCACAAAGUUAACUGACAAAGUACAGUGUGGUUGUGAUGGAGAUGAGGACUAGCACACACACAUACACACCAGUGCAGUAGCAGUCCAGGGGCAUGAGUGGUGGUGGUGGUGGUGGUGGCUGCCUCAAUGGUGUCCAGGCUGCACCAGGGUUGUGAAGGCAGCUUUGUGGUCCUGAUGGCUCCCUGUGUGAUGGUGGUGGUGGUGGUGGUGGUGCAGUGCUUCACAUCAUUCUCCUGAGGCAGUGUGGCAGGUUGUAAACAUCACUAAAUCAGUAUUGAUCAUCUUAUUUUGUAUGUGUGUGUAGUUUUUAGGGUGUGUGUGUGCAUGAUUAGAUACAAAAUUAAGUUCUAAAACUUAAAAAAGUCAGAUCUGAUUUAUUUCAAGAAGUAAUUAGCAAAUCAAAAUGAGUGAAGGUGUUUGCCAGAGAGUGUGCUGCCUCUUCUGAACUUUUUGUCUUUGCCGCUGAUUGUGAAUUUGUUUUCUUUGAUUUUGUCUAUUUGUAGAUUAUUUGUAGUCUAGCAAAGUUGUCUGUUGAAUAUCAUAUAAUAUUUUGUACAUGUUUAUUUAUGGUGACAUUGCAUGUUGAGAGAUAUAUGAGUGCGUUUUAUCAAUAUUAUUGAAUAGAAUUCAAAUGUUAAUUUUUACUGUAUAUUUCCUGGUGGCGUCACUCCCGACACGACUUUCCCUCCGGCACGUACAUCACGCGGCCAUACUGUGUUGCUAUGUGUUGUUCACUGUAUGGUGCACAGGCAGCCGGUGACUGAGACGUGCCCCACCACAGCCGAGGCCUGGGAGGCAGUGCAUCACUUUUCAUUAAAAGUUGCAUAGUACAUUACCUAAGUGAUGAACGCAGGGACGAAGACCAGCAUGGAUGUGUUGCAUAUCAAAGACUACGCUGAGUGUGUGUCUCUUGGGGAGUGUUGCUCAAGGAGGGCAAGUGUGGCCCAGUGAGGGAGGUGACUUGGUGUGUAUGUUGCCAGGCUGUGCAGGGUGGAGGGCAUGCCAGCCCCUGCCAGGCAUGUGCCUGCAGCUAGCAGACUGGUGUACUGGUGUGGUGUAAGCAGCAGGUGUGUGACAGACAACCUGUCAGCCAGUCCGUACCUUAGUGGUGAUUCUCUUUCUUGGGCCUGGACCUUCCCUCCCUCUCCCUGCUGUCUGUCUUAAGGAUAAAGGUUGUAAUAUUAACCAUAAUUAUAACGUUGCAGUGCGUACGUGUGUUGUUAUGCAGCCUGACUUUUGAGAAAGGUUGCUACCAUUUUAGAAAUGGAUGUUUAGUAUAGAUUAAUUUUCAAGGUUAAACUGGGAAAUUACUAUAACGUGUGCUUGAUUUUUGAUAUAGUGAUACUUGUUAUCAUGGAACGAAUGUGCUGCUUGUGUGAUUGUCAGGAGGUUUUCUACUUGUAUGUACACUUACUCCUCCACAAGGUAUUAGCACCCAACUCCCUGCAGGAAGAGCCAAGGUGUGAGUGAGGCACAGCAGUGUGGUGGUGCCCCACCCACCACACAGUCAAGGUGCAGGCAGCCAGGCACCAAACCCCACACCAGCAACCUCACAUCUUACCGCUUCCCACAUCAGUCUCCCAGCAGGUGGUCCAGGCUGCUGUGUCUCACAUGCAUUUAACUCAAGGUGCAGUGUAGGUGGUGUAUUACAUCGUAUCUCACCAUUUCUCGCACCUUCCUUUGUUUAUGGUGUACAGCUAUCCAAAAUGUUGAGUCUUCUGAUAGCAGAGUAGUUUUUUUUUCUUCCAUUGUUUCUUAAUUCAUGUGUUGAGUUUGACCUAUAGCAAGUUUCAGCUUGAGUUCAGUCUGCACAUUCCUGGCCAGAAGUCUUGUAACAUUUGCCCUCAUUACCAUUGCAUUUAGUGGUUUCUCUGAAUCUUACGUCCUCUGGUCAGGUGACAUCUUUGCAAAAGCAGAGAACUGAUAAAUUGUCAGCUGAUGUGAGACUCAAGAUUGGAAGGAGAUGCUAAACACAGUGGUGGUGCAUGUGAAUCUUGCUUGAGUUUUCCCAUACCGAGAUUGAACUUUCCACAAAAGGAGAGCCAAGAUAAAGCAACACAUCCUCAAACAUUCCCUCAGAAGCCAAGACCAAAGCCAUCACAGCCUCUGGAACUGCUCAAGGGAAGAAAGCACUCAGAUGCACAAAUAUACACCUAAAUUAUCCUUAUAUUAGGCACAACAAAGCUGCUUACUGCGGUGAAUUUCCAAAGGUCAAGUAUAUUCAAUGGCUUGUCCUGAGACACCCCAAAAUUGAUGACAUGGGAAGGCUUGCCUCACUCCAUCUCAUUUUGAUCGUGACCAAAACAGUGCACUACUGGAAGGUGUGUUUACUUCUUAGUAAUGGUGUGAAUGGCUGUGUCUGUGCUGGGCUACCCCUGAUGCUUGUGUGAGUGGUUAUCUUUACUAUUAACACAAUGCAGGCACUGAUGAAUGUGAAGAGUGAAAGGCUAAUGGAGAUAUUGGUCUCUAGAGGGAGAGAGAAGUGGAUGAAUAUUAUGAGUGUCUUCUAAGGGAGAGGGAGUGAUUCUCUUUACUUAUCAAUGCAAUGCAGACACUGUUAAUGCAAAUAGUGAAAGUUUGAUGAAGAUACCAGUCUCUAGGUGGUUGCUCCUUAUAGAGGAAGAGGGAAGUGGAUAAAGAUUGUUUUCACUCGUGUUUUUGAGAAAGAGGGACUGAUUGAAUUUCUUUGCUUUUCAACACAAUGCAGACUAUGUUGAAUGUAUGAGGUGAAAGUUAGAAAAUAACAUACUAUGUGUAUUUUCUAUGAUAGGUGAAAGUUAUACUUUAAAGUUUUUCUAAUAAAGAAAAACAAAAGU